AGCGGUGUGGUGUUCACUCGGCCGCGCGCCACGGCGCGACAUGCCCAGCUGAUGUUUAUUUAUACCGCGAGCUCGGCGGAGGGCGCGCGCGGGAGGCGUCCCCCUCCGCGGCAGCACGGGUCCGCGUGAUGCAGCCGAGCGAGCCAGCCGACGCCGCGCUCGCCGCUAGCGGAAGCCCCCCCCAGCGCGGCCUCAACGGUGGCCGCUUCGACUUCGACGACGGCGGCACCUACUGCGGAGGCUGGGAGGACGGCAAGGCCCAUGGCCAUGGUGUGUGCACGGGGCCCAAAGGCCAAGGAGCGUACGCCGGCUCCUGGCAUUAUGGAUUCGAAGUAUCCGGCGUCUACACCUGGCCCAGUGGGAGCUCAUUCGAGGGACAAUGGCAAAACGGAAAGCGCCACGGCCUGGGCGUGGAAACUCGAGACCGAUGGCUGUACCGUGGAGAAUGGACACAAGGCUACAAAGGUCGCUAUGGAGUCAGACAGAGCACUACCAGCAACGCCAAGUAUGAAGGCACCUGGGCAAACGGAAUGCAAGAUGGAUACGGCUCUGAAACAUACGCCGACGGCGGAACGUAUCAAGGACAAUGGAUGCGAGGGCUCCGUCAUGGCUAUGGAGUGCGGACGUCAGCGCCAUUCGGUCUCGCAUCCCACUAUCGUGGUGGUGCACGGGAGCACCGGGGCUCCAUGUCGUCCCUGGCGGACACGGGUAUUCCAGAUCCCUCCGAUAGACGCAACCAUCGCAUGGACGAAGCGAGAGGCGGCUUCGUGCUUAGAACCAGCUCUGAUGAGCCUCCAAGAAGACGGGGCUCAUUGGGAGAAAAGGCGAAGAAGGGGUUGUUCAAUAGGUUUCGUCGUGAGCGCAGUGCUGGCGACUUGGAUCCGCGAGGGACUGCUUCAGUCAGGUCUGGAGGUUCCGGCGGGUCCGCAGCCUCUUGGGUCUCGUCCGUCGAGAGCACUCAUUCCGCCACGACGAGGGUCUCGUUGCAUACCAACUCCAACACUAGUUUUAUUGUUGAGGACGAACACUUAGAUGCUUCUGUUACUGAAACGUAUAUGGGAGAAUGGAAAAAUGACAAACGAACUGGCUUCGGUAUUAGUGAGCGCAGUGACGGCCUUCGAUAUGAAGGAGAAUGGUUUUCAAAUAGAAAGUAUGGCUACGGUGUAACAACGUUUAGAGAUGGCACAAGAGAGGAGGGAAAAUACAAAAACAACGUUUUAAUAACAAGCCAGAAACGCAAACAUAUGUUUCUCAUGCGUUCGGCUAAAUUUCGCGAACGGAUCGACUCAGCGGUUAAUGCUGCGCAGCGGGCUUCUAAAAUUGCAUUACAAAAAGCUGAUAUUGCUAUUUCCAGGACAGCAACGGCGCGGGGGAAAGCAGAGCAAGCCGAUGAAGCGGCGGACCAAGCUAAAGAAGACUGUGAUAUAGCACAAGCUACUGCUAAGCAGUUCGCUCCCGAUUUCAGGCAUCCCGGAUUUGAUAGAAUAGGUUUAAGAGAACGAUAUAGACAAAAGCCUUUUGAAUCACAGGUAACGGCACCCCCAGUGCAAGAAUCUGAAAAGAUCUUGGACGGAAAGAGCAUUCCAAAUCACAUCCCUCCGACCCACACGCAACUUCCUCAAAUGAAUAAAAUUCCAAAUUCAAUAUCUUCUAGAAGACCUUCGGCGCAAUAUGGAAAACCACCAGCACAGUCUGUUGACCCUAGAUAUGCAAAUAAUACUAAUUAUAACACUGACGAUAGAAAUACAGGAACAACCUAUGACUCUUACUAUAAUGCCUCGCACGAUACAUGGCCUAAUAGUGGUAAUUUACAAAAUCCUGCUUUUGAUAGUCAAAAACAAUAUCAAGGAGAUUCCGGAGCCAGUUUUGGCUUAAAUCCACAAGCUACAGCGUACCGCUUGCAACAACAACAAAGCGUCGAUCAGAGUAAUCAACAAUACACCAAUCAAGAUCGUCGAGUGUCAUCAGCAACGAGGCAGUCACUGAAUCAAAGAAUACCGCAAGAGUGGAAUGCUGGACCAGGAGUUUCAAGACGACAAAGUAUACUUGCUCAACCACGUCACGACCCGCAAAGCACCACGUACGUGGAUAGUGGCACAGCAGUAUAUGGUCGAAAUGGACUACGUACGGGAACGAUUCAUUCGGAAGGAGCACUGGAUAAGCAGACGCCUAAUGUUGACCAACAAGGCUAUCGACAAGAUACACAAACAUAUAGACAACAAGAACCGGCGUAUAGACCAGGCCCAGAUCAACAGUUUAGCCAACAGCCUGAUCUCCAAAAUUAUAGACAAGCACCGGACCAGCAACUUUACAGGCAACCGACUAUGGACCAACAACAGUAUCGGCAGCCUACGGAUCAGGAUGUCAUUAAUGGAGAGAGAGAUUUAAGGCAGACAACAAGUCGGCCAUCGAUUGAUUACUUCGAUCACUAUAAAAGACCCCCAAGCCGAGAUUCGAGUGUCGACAGAUACGGAAGGCGAUCAAGACAACCGUCGGUUGAAGCUGCAGUACCAAGUAGCGGGUCAAGGUCAGGGUCUAUAGCCCCACAACCAGCUUCAUCAUCGCGUCCACCAUCCCGAGCGGCUACUCCCGCUAGUAAUGGACACCUAGCCUCUGGCCGAGGGUCUAUCUCCCGCGCGUCGUCUCGGGAACAACAGCCUUUUGAAGAUACGUUAUUGCGGAAGCGUAAUUUGGGUCAAGAAAUAUCACCAUCUCCUUAUCAGCCAAAGCGUACGGAGAGUUUGUAUGUUACGCAAAACCCGACGCCACCACCGGCUGCGCCUAUGGGAAGCGGUGGUGGCGGCGGAGGCGGCGGUGGACGCAAGAUGUUGAGUACGCCUCAGGCCCUCCAACGUAAAAAGUCGUUGCCAGACGUCGCUGGAAUGCCAAGAAUGCCAGAUGGCGGCGGUAUGUCCCGCGAAGAGGUGUCAGCUCUUGGCUCCGCGCGGAGAGAGGAGGUGCGACGAAUGUACGAAGAGUCAGAGAAAUUAAGAGCCAACCCUCUACUCUACUUAGUCAGUCCGCAAGUCAAGGACUGGUUUUCGCGGCAACAGCUAAUAAUCUUGGUGCUGUUCAUCAACAUCUCAUUAGGAAUUAUGUUCUUCAAGCUACUCACGUAGCGGCGGCCGGAGGCGCGCACGCGCCGGCCACUAUGAGAAAGCCGCAAUACAUGUAUAACUCGAUUAACAAUUUAUUACGAUUCAAAAUCCUUUUGUGUAAAACGAACAGUUAAUGUAAGGAGUCCAAGGAUACUAUUCCUUUUGUAAUUAAGGAACUUCGGUUUGCUAGUGUAAUUAAUGGUGUACGUGUGCGAUGUAAGACAAAAUUGAAUAUCGAAGUGCAAAUGCCCCUUAGCGCAGAGACCAACUUGUGUGUAUGAUCGCUGUGUCCCGGCGAUAAAAGUGUGAGCUGCACUCAUCGCUUUAAGCCUGCAUAUUGUAGGUGUUCGCAAUUUACAUGGGGAAACAUUUUAUAUAUAAACCUCGAUAUACGGAAUUAACGCACAGUAAAGUUACUGAAAGUAAUACUUAUAUAUUUGUAAAUAAUUAUAUCACAUUAGCCUUCCUAUUGUAUUAGAACUCACUUUGUUUUUUGUUUCUAUUGUUUAUGGAAGCGUUGUUGUUACUUCUUCAAGUCAGAAUAUUUAAAAAAUGGUACACUUUUGUUAUUUCAACUUUUAGUCAUUUAUUUAAACCGAUGGGCCGUUUUAUACAAACUUUAGAUUGUGAUCUACGUCAAUUUGUCCUUAUAAAAUGUUAUAUAUCUAUAUUUAUAUGAUUAUUUAGUGGGCGUAAGAUUGUUUAAAUGACAUGGUUCAUGACAAUGCGCGCAGUUGUUAAAUUGUUAAUUUUAAAUGCAUUACAAUUUUAUCACAGUUUCAUUAUGUAAAAACAUAAGUUAUCGUUAAGAUAUUUAAUUACUUGUAUCAAUUUUAUCUACGUUUCAAAAAUAAAAUAUUUUAACAAAAGUA